AUGGCUUCUUCUCCUGCUAUUGUUGUUUGCACUGUUUGCCACAUGUAUAGUUUAUCUGUCUCUGUCAGCAGUGAGGGAUUCACAUGUGAUAAAUGUAGAGAAAUAGUUAGGCUGACAGAGAAGGUUUUAGAACUAGAGACACGCAUCCAAACUUUAGUUGAGGAUAGUAAGAAUGUGAGGGCUGUAGAUACUGCUUUGGAUGCGACUAGCUCAGGGAGUCCUGUACAUUGUUCUGUUUCGGUUGAGCACGUGCAGCAGGGCAACUGGGUGACUAUGAGGCGGCGUAGUCGCGGGUCAAAACACCACUCUUCCGUUCCGAUCAAAACAACAAACAGGUUCUCCCCACUCAGUGAAGCACCCACUGAGAAACCUGAUGAAAGUGCUCUAUUUUCACGUUCCGUACAAUAGAAUCGCCAAUAACUAGAGACACCAGCCACUAUAGUCCAUUGUUUACCAGGAGCCAGAGCGCCUGACAUCUUGGCAAAUUUAAAAGUGCUGACUAAUGCUAAACGUGAAUUCAGUAAGAUUGUUAUCCACGUCGGCGCUAAUGAUGUUCGACUUCGCCAGUCGGAGAUCACUAAAAAUAAUGUUAAAGAGGUGUGUGAACUUGCAAGUACGAUGUCAGACACUGUAAUAUGCUCUGGUCCGCUCCCUGCUUACCGUGGCGAUGAGAUUCAUAGCAGACUGUCGUCACUUAAUGGCUGGAUGUCGAAGUGGUGCCCGCAAAAUAACAUAGGCUUUAUAGACAAUUGGAAGAAUUUUUGGGGCAUACCUGACCUGUUGAAAAGAGAUGGUGUUCAUCCCUCCUGGGGUGGUGCCGCUCUUCUCUCUAGAAAUAUGGCACAUAGUCUUAGAAUUCGUAUCUGA